AUGAUUCAAAAUAGUACUGCAAAAGAUGAAACAAUAGGAAGUAAUUAUGAUGAUAGUGGUGCUAUGAUAUAUAUUGUAACUGUUCUUCUUUGGUAUUCAAUUGGUAUUAUAUUUAUGUUAGCAAUGCAAAUGAAAGCACGCUCUGAAAUUACUGAAGAAUCAGCAAGACGACGAACGAAAUUACUUAUUCGAAACUUACGAGAUCAUACAAAUACUAAGGAAAUAUUAGGCAAUUGGAAUACUUGGGAACAUGAAGAAUUAGUCGAUAAAGAAAAACGAGCUCGACUUUGGGAAAUUUAUUUGGGUACAAAAGAUCAUAUAAGAGAUAAAUUAAAUACUGAAACAGCUCGUAUUCGUAAUAUGGAAAAACGAUUAGCAACUAUAAAAGGUGUUCAUCGUUCAACUGAUGAAACAUUACUUUUAGCCGGAAAAGAAAAGUUCUAUUAUCGAAGUCAUUCAUAUUCUCGACAAAUACCUACACAAUUAUCAACUAUCCAAGAACCAUCAACACUUCGACGUCGUUCAUCACUUGAUCAACAAACACUGGAACGAUGGAAAGCUCUUGCUAAUCAAUCGAAAACACAUGAACAAAUGCCAUGGUCUAUACGUAAAUUAUUGAUUCGAAAAUAUUUUCGACGUCAUACAAAAAAACCUUUACCAAUAAUACAUCAAGAUUCUACUACAAGCAAUCCCAUAGCAGAUGAUUUAUUAUCAUUUACAAAUCAAAUUAAUAUGCUUACACGACAUCGUACAGAACCAAGUCUUAAUGAACUUUCAACAUGUGAUGAAAGACAAAAUCCUUAUUUAACUUAUUUUUUUACACCAACAAAUCGUCCAAGUAUAUUAACAACACAAUUUUAUCCUGCAUCAUCGGAACAUUCAAUGAAAUAA